AUGAAUAUAUUGAAAAGCCUAAAAGCAAGAUUGAAACGAACCCCGAAGAAGCCGACCAGGAAGACAACGCUGAAUCCAACAACGAAACAAUCAACAAUGGCCUUCCAAUUAAUCUAUUCGCCCUUCGAGCGGGUCGAUCCCGUCAUCGAAGGCGUCGUCGCCGAUCUCCCCGUUGGAAACCGCCAAGCAACGGGGAUUCUGGCUACGAUUCCUCCAACCUUCUCCAUCCUGGUCGGCUUCUCAGCUUCUUCCGCCCUGCCACUCCCCAAAAGAUUCAUCCCUUAUGAUUUUGAAAAUAUGAUUCUUCUGUAUUUUUGA